CCCCCACAUCUAGUAUUCACAAAGUGUAAAGAAUCGCUACAGGACGGUCGCAGACUCGAGAACAUCUCCUGGCGGCUAUGGUACCGAGAGAUCGCUCUCGCCCAGCACACCUACCACCCACUAACACCCGACUCCAUGUCCUCCAGUCCGUCCGAAGAGGCUAAAAGCCGCUCACCCUUCUUCCCGCCCCAGAGCGAGUCUAGUGCGGCUGAGCACCAACGCCAAGGUCAGAAUCGAGCUGACACACGUCUGUCGUUGGCUACUUGUCUUUUUUUUGUCAAUAUGGUUUCAUUGACGCUUUUGCUUUUUUAUCGUGCCUCCGUUGGUUCUUUCAUUUAGUGUCGUUGCGGAUACGCUCGUCGCCUGUGCCUUAUCAAGCGCCUUCUCCGACCUCGACGGCCAGUCAACUCGGGGA